CAAAAACAAUAUUGACUUUCUUUCUCCUCUCGUUUUCGUCUUCGUGUUCUUCUUCUCUUCUUUUAACCCGAAUGAACUAAUCAGUGAGACUUCCUCGUGCUCCUUCAAACGAGAUGUGUUUCAUAAGAAAGUGUUUGGAUCUGUGGAGAAAUUGAACUUUCUCCCCGGAUCUUUGGAAGGCCAAGAUGGCAGUGGCAUCGACGGCCACCUCUUGUCCCCGGAUGGUGGAGGAAAUGGCAGUGCUGUGGGAGGAUACACUCAAGACGAUUCGGGUAGUGAUUCUGGAAGCCAACAUUUCAUUUCAACCGUGGGCACUCCACCUGGAAGUGACAACCUCCGGAAGGCAGCAUUGGCCAAACAACUCAUUAUGAAGAGUCGACGCUUCAGAGUGGAAAGCUGCGACGGAUCCUUGGAGCGUGAUGACUCACUGGAUGUUUCUUCCACGCCAGUUUUGGAGAACCCGGAUCAUCAAACCAAAUGGUAUUACAAAUACUUUCUGGGAAAGUUCCAUCAGAACUAUGUGGGCCAAGAUACGGAGAAGAACACCUACGUGCUGUCAGUCUUGAAGGAGAAGAGCUUCGGCAAAACCCUCUACCGAACAAUCCUGUGGAUGAAAGACGGGCCAAAACGAUUGUGUAUUAGUGGAGGGAAGGAUGAUGCACUCCCGGCCAAACAAAUCCUGGCUCAUUUUGGACAAGCGGACAAAAUUGAGAAGCUCCCCAGAGAGAUAAGCCACCCGGGUAUUCAAAAGGAUCUACUGAGCCUGGAAAAACAAGAAGGAGCCAUGAAUUUUAAGUUCGGCGUCAUUUAUGCCAAAGCCGGCCAAGUCCUAGACGAUGAGCUCUUCUCGAAUGUGGAAGGAAGUCCGGAUUUUGAUCGCUUCCUGGAUCUCUUGGGACAAAGGAUUCGUUUGAAAGGAUGGAUCAAGUACAAAGGCGGCCUCGACGUGAAUAAGGACCAGACAGGACAAUACUCGGUGUUCACCGAAUUUGAAGAGCACGAGAUCAUGUUCCAUGUAUCGACUUUGUUGCCUUACACCGAGGACGAUAAACAGCAGAUUGAACGGAAACGCCACAUUGGAAAUGACAUAGUGAAUGUGAUAUUCUUGGAUGGAACACCAGAGGAAAUGAUCCAAUUCAAGCCGGUGUUCAUCAAGUCCAAUUUCACUCACAUCUACGUGGUCGUGUGUUUCGAGAAAGAAUCUGAGAGCUAUUGUAUGUCGGUGUUUUCCGAGAAGUCGGUUCCUCUCUUUGGCCCAUCUCUGCCCAAUCCGGCCAUUUUCGCCCAACACCAAGACUUCAGGCGAUUCCUUCUGGUGAAGAUGAUCAAUGGAGAGAAAGCAACUUAUAACACGAACGUGUUCAGCUCGAAACGCGAGCGAACCUACGAGAUGCUCCUCCAAGAUAUGUACGACCAAUACAUUCUGGCCCCCAUGGACGACACCAAAGGCAGUAUGGGCGGAUAUUCUGGGACAGGUGAUACCACUGCUACUCAAAUGAUAGGAACAUCGGGAUUUCGAAAGAAGGAAAUCGAUACCAAGAUGGACAAGUUUGUGAAGGUUGGUCAGACUUUGAAGUUGGAAUCUGCUCUCAAAGGCGAGAUCUCCUCUUCCGUGGUAGCGCCUCGUCCAAGCAAAUCGCUGUGGGAACCCCUCUGUAUAUUUCCCAAUUUCGAACACGACGUCAUUUGUGGAGAUUCAUGGAUGAACUCGAACCUGCUUCUUGGAACUACAGAUGGAGUGUUUCUGAUUGUUCAUAACAGACCACCGGUUUUGCUAUUCGACCGCUCGCUGGGAACAGUGGCCCAAAUCAACGUGAUCGAGCCUUACGGCAUCCUUUUGUUUCGAACUGAGCGAGGCCAGCAACGCGGAGAUGAAGGCAGCACUCGAAUCUAUGUCUUCCGUUUGUCAGACUUGGAGAAAGAAUUUCUCCUCGAAGAUGACUUCCUCAAUAACGAGGACCUGAACUUACCCACGUGGACGCCCAAGUCCAAAAGCGAGUUGAAGGAGAACGGCAUCGAAUGCAGUAAAGGCUGCUCAGUCUACUCGGUCUCCCGUAAAGAGAGCUCGCGUUCCUCGGGUCUGAAAGUGGCCUUUGCAGUGGGCAAAAAGGUAAUGGUGAUGCGCUGGAUUCAUCAAGAAGAGUGGAUCUCCAUGAACAACGACACUGCCGAGGGUUUUGUUGUUGAAUCGGAAUUACAUGCCACUGAGGCACCUGUGAUAUCAUUGACCCUCCUCGAGCCAAGCCCUGGGGCUCAAGCCAACGCAAACGGAGGGGAACACGAGGAUAAUGGGGGCAUCCUGGUUGGAACUCGGCAUCAUUUCGAGGUCCUGCGUCCAAAUGGGGCAACACCGUCAAAGCUACUCGCCUUCGCCCACGGAUCCGAUGGUGCUGUCUCGGCAGUUGAGGUACACAACCAUAUCUAUCAACUAUCCAAUAAUGGAAAUAGGAUCCAAGAGGACGAGGAUCAAGAGUUAGAGGUUCUCUUGACUUACAACUGUUGUUCGCAUCUUCAAAAGAUCCCUAGUUUGUCGUCAUCUAGCCCACCCGGAGGGGGCAAAUCCUCAUCCACCAGCCAAAUCACAGUGGACUGGAGCUUCAUUCCCAGCCAUGUGGUGUUUGUAUUUCCAUAUAUUCUGGCUUUGACCACGGACACCAUCGAAUUUCGCUCUGCCGUCAACGGAGCUCUCUUACAGACUAUUCAUUUGCCUGACCUGGCACUGAUUUCUUUCAAGGACGACCUCUACUUUUCCUCCUCAAGACAACCAACUUCCGCGCACAAAAAUCAUAAACCUAUCUACAACAGCUCGUUGGGAAGGUCUCGACGAUUCAUUUACAAAAUUCCUUGGGUUCUCUUAAUGGGACAACAGCCUCAACUCCCCGGCGGUGGGACCGGUGUCUGUAUCGGAGGAACAGGGGGAGUAGGAGGUGGAGGCGGUGGAGUGGGAGGUGGCGCCGGAAGUUUCGCUCAAGGCAAAUCUGGAACAGCUCGUCUCCGAAACCGCACGUCCAGUUUUGGCAACCAGACCCGGGCCCACAAAGGGAAUUCUUCGCCAAAUGUGGCCAAGACGCCUCAAUGAAAAGAUAAAUGAUACCUUCCCACUCAUCUACCUAGCCUAUCUGUCGGAUUCCCGUUGGGACCACGUCAUCCUAGAAAAAGCUUUUGCCCGACGAGAAAGACGACACGAUAGUUCUUUUGUCAUGUCCUCGCAUUUUCCCCAGUUCUUCUCUUGCUUCCAUUCCGUCUCGGCAAUUUCAAGUACAGUACGUACGACAUAUCGUACAUACCGUGCGUGCGUAUAUAAAGCAUGGGUAGACACGUUAUGCAGACCUUUGAAUGACUUGGAACAUCGAGGAUGGACUUGCAACUUCUCGGUGUGAGAUCUGCUAUUAACUCUGUAGCCUUUGAUUUCUCAAUCCACACCAUUGUUAUUCCAUUCCAUGAAUUUUUAUCAAAAACGUAUUUCGAUAAAAUAAAUGAAUCCAGUCAA